ACUGUUUUUGGGUUUGAGAGUUCUUAUCCGGGUCUUUUAGUCCGCUUCAGCAACGUGGUAUUAGCGAACCCACGCGCGGCUUCACAAUGGUCGCUCAAAAGAAACAGAAAAAGGCUCUGGAGAGCAUCAACUCCAGGCUAGCCCUCGUGAUGAAGUCUGGCAAGUACGUCUUGGGCCACAAGCAGACCAUCAAGACGUUGCGGCAAGGCAAGGCGAAGCUGAUCAUCAUCGCCAACAACACCCCUCCUCUCAGGAAGAGUGAGAUUGAGUACUACGCCAUGCUGGCCAAGACUGGUGUCCACCACUACACGGGGAACAACAUUGAGUUGGGCACAGCGUGCGGAAAGUACUACCGGGUCUGCUGUCUCAGCAUCACCGAUCCAGGAGAUUCCGACAUCAUCAGGAGCAUGCCUUCCGAGCAGUGAACUUAAUUAAAACUGUUAAUAGAAAA